AUGUCGAAAGGUGCUGCGCGUGUUACUUUUGAUGUGAAUUGGGAAUGUGGCUGGUUUCCUGAAUGCAAUGCACCUUGUCAAAGUCCAUGCAAUAAUCCAGACCAUAAACAUAAAAAGUGUGCUGCCUAUGGUCGACAUGAAUUGAAGGAUUGUGUUCAUGGUAAAUGGGGUUUUUAUUACAGUCCAGAUGGUCAAAUUCAAACAUGGAGAGGUGUUCAUCGAUACAAUCCAAAUGGAUGUGCUAUGGUAUACUUACUCAUCUACAAUCAAGAUAAACAGCAAAUCCUUUUCGAUUUGAAUAAAAGGGCCGAGUAUAAUUUACCAAGCUACCGCCGUCAUAAGUAUAAACCUGAUGAUUUACAUGAAGUCGCCACAAAUUUUUUUUUCGAACUAUUUUCGACCAACAAUAAAAAUGUUUUGCUGCCAUCCGUACUCAAUCGUUUCAUAUUUGCAGAUUCGUCAGUAAUCUAUCCUGUCUGCGUAAACAACGAAUGCGCAUCACAAAUUCUUUUUAAAAACGGACGGAAAUGGUUCGAUCGGCGAGAUGUUGAAAGAGCUAUGGAAUUCAUUACUCUCGAAUGGGAACGGAAACCUGAUAAACAAAGUUAUGGAUAUGUAGUCAAGGAUAGAGGAGCAAAACUAGCACGACGGCCAGUGUUUUCAUUAGCAGCACUCGUUCUACGAUGGCUCAUGGUAAAGCAAGAUAAUGAAUCGGUAACGACUUCCAGAGCAACUUCUCCUGUUCCCUCCAUCCCUCCAUCGAUAUCUGAAUCCAUUUUGACUACUACUUCGGGUUACGCUUCUGCCACUCCAUCUCUCUUUGGUUUUAGUAUUCACGAUGAGCCUGAAGAUCAUGUUAAUUUCGAUGAAUUUAUUGGAAGUGAAAUAUCUUUUGAAAUUGUUAAUUUUCUUCCAGAAGAAGAUGAAACAAUCGUUCAUAUAGAUGAAUCAAGUACACAACUAGAUCUCUUCACUAUAUUAUACACUCAACAAUUAGAUAAUCAAGGUUCUCUUAUCAAAAUAUCUACUGACAUACCACAAAACGAAUAUAUCGUCAUUUUUUAUUGUGAUAAUCGAAUUAGUUCUCAUGUAUAUCAUGAAUCAAGUCCUGUUUAUCAUUCGACUGAUGUCAAAGAUUAUCUCGAUUUUAUUAAUAAACAAACUCAAUCGCAAAUAUUUUUAAUUAUUUCCGGUAGUUCAAUUUCAUCUGAAAUACAAUCCACGUUUGAUUGUCAACAAGUACAUGCUAUAUAUUUCCUACGUAACUAUGAACAUAAAUAUCCGAUAAAUACAAGAAAAGUGAGUGGAACAUUUAAUAAUCUAGAUAAUCUUUGUGAACAACUACAUAAAGAUAUUCAAUUUUAUCGAGAACAAUAUACUCAUACAAUACGAAUCGAUAUAUUUUCCAGAAUUAAUUAUCAACAAAAAUUGAUUUCUCAAUUAAAUGAUAAACAUCGAACUUUUCUUACAUAUAUUUUAUUCAUUGAUAUUUUACCAUUAGUAUCAAUAUUAGAAUUUAAAUUAGAAGAGCUUCAAAGAAUUUGUGAGAUAUUAUUUUCAAAUCAAGGAAGAGAUACGGCAUAUUAUAUAUAUCAAUUACAGAAAGAGAACGAUAAUGCAACGAACUUUCUUCAAGAUCCAAAAUUUUCACAAAUUAUUUUAAAAAUUCAUCAAUUAGAUAAAUUCAAUGAUUUAUUUAUAUUACAAAAACAAUUUAUAAAGAUUCAACAAAUGAUUAAAACAUCCAGUUCCUUAGAUAAUGUAUAUAUUUCACAAAUAAUUACGAAUGAUAUACUAAAAAUGAUGCAGACUGGUCUCGAUGAGUACAUCAGUAUUGGUAUCUUUGUUCUGGCAACAAAAUCUCUUCUAACGGCACGUACUAUUGCAAGAAGAAUGGUUGACAAUGGUCUGAUAUCUAUUCUAUUCGAAAUAGAAAUUAUUGAAGAUACACAAUGGAUAGAAAUUGAUUCCAAUCACGUGGUAUUUCGUCCUGGUACAGUAUUCCGUUUGAAAUCAGUCCAUCAAGCACCCGAUGAUGUUUACUAUGCGAAGUUAAAGUCUGUUGAUAAAGAAUUUUAUUCUGUUAAAGAACAAUUACAAUUAGAAAUCGAUGUGAAGUUAUCAUGGUUAACAUAUGGUAAUUAUUUAUUUUUUCUUAAUCGAUUUGAAGAGGGUGAACGUUACUUUAAUUAUUUACUGGAUAAACUCUCUUCAGAGCCUGUUUAUCUAUCAGCUAUUUAUAAUAAUAUGGGAUUAUUGUACACUAAAAAAUAUGAAAAAGAACGGAAUAACAAAGAACAGUAUUUGAAUAAAGCACUGAUGGUAUAUAAUAAAGUCUUCGAAAAUACUCAACUGAUCAAUUCGAAUACAUCACUAAGAAAAACAACUAAACAAUUCAUUACUGAAUUGCCAAAAAUAAAUGAUGCACCACUACCGACUAUUAUUGAUUAUUCUAUAAUAAUUGGUCAUAUUGCAGAUAUAUAUUAUAAUGAUAAGAACUAUAGUGAAGCUUUGAAAUCAUAUAUAGAAGCAUUGGAAUUAUCUGUUGAUAAACGAAUCAGUCACUAUUACCAACAAAAGAUUUUAAAUAUUCGAACACAUUUAACAGAACAAUAA